AUGGACUCCCCUGGGAAGUGGUCUGCCCUGAUGGUCUCUGGUUCGAUACGAACCUGGGCAGGUGCAACUGGGCAGCCCAAGUGGAUUGUCAAGCUCAUCCCACCUCGUCCUUGGCUCUUCAUCGUCCCCGAGUGUCCAGGAUCGGGUCUGUUUCCGGACCCUUACGAUUGUCAUUCCUACAUAAACUGCGUGUUUGACAACGCUUGGCUUCUGGAAUGCCCCUCGGAUUACCUUUUUGAUCCGAUUAGUUUGACCUGUAAACCUCCAGGACAGGUCACUUGUACGGAAAUCAGCGGUGAACCCACGGUGAGACCGACAGAACCGACAUUUACCGUGCAGCCUGGAUAUGUGUGCGAGGAGGAUGGAUUGUUUCCGUACGAACCGAGUUGCCAUUAUUAUUAUCAGUGUGCAAAUACGAUCCCGUAUUUGAGACCGUGUUCUGCAAACCUCAUUUUCGACCCGAAGAAGAAGCGUUGCGUGACAGUCGCCGAGGCUGACUUGGAAUCGUUGACUUGCGAGCUGAACCCGACGCUUGACAGGAUAUCGUCAAGACUGCUGAUUGCGCUGAAAAAGAGCUUCGUCAGAGGUGUCAGAAUUCGGCCGGAAAUUCGCAAGCCAUCUUCCGAAACAUCACGAAUUGCAGCGAAUCACGCAGGUCCUCAAACGCCGAAAAGGAAUCAUUGAGAAUAUGUGUUGAUUACUGAUGCAAGAAUUAUCAUUUCCAAACGAAACAUAAAAUUUGUGGUUCGCAGCAGUGUACGGAAUAAAAACCGGAAACGGCAUUGAUUUCUCUCA